AGGAAGUCCAACACUUCAGGACUUCUCAUGAAAGGCUUCAGACGUCACUUAUGAGAGGAGGCAGAGGAUCCUCGCCACCAGUGAGGAACGAAGCAGAGGCGACCGGGGGGGGAGAAGAGGAACUGGAGUGUGGGUGCUUAUAUGCGAGCGGGGUGAAGAGAGAGACCCUCUUCUCUGUGGGUCAGCCGAUGAGAGAAGAUGAAGAGCCAAAUCACCAACGCCCUCUCCGACUUCUUCUUUGAGUAUGAGACCCCGCGCCAGGUGCUGGUGAGGAACAGGAGGGUGGGAGUGGUGUGCCGUCUGAUCCAGCUGGGGGUCCUGGCUUACAUCAUCGGGUGGGUUUUCAUCUACGAGAAAGGCUACCAGUCCACGGACACAGCGGUGAGCUCCGUCUUCACCAAAAUGAAAGGUGUGGGCUACACCAAUGUGAACGGAAGCGAAAGAGUCUGGGACGUGGCCGACUACGUCUUCCCCCCGCAGGGAGACUCAUCCUUUGUGGUGAUGACAAACUACAUUAUAACUGAAGGGCAGAGUAUGGGAAAAUGUCCAGAGCUCAAAGGGAAGCACAACUGCAGCUCACAUGCCGACUGUGAAGGAGGGAGUUUCAAACGUACGGGACAUGGGGAAAUGACGGGAGUCUGUGUGAAUACGACAAAGACCUGCGAGGUGUUGGCCUGGUGUCCUGUGGAGGACGAUCACAACAUACCAGACCCUCCUCUGCUGAUGUCUGCAGAGAACUACACUCUGUUCAUCAAAAACUCUGUAACCUUCCCCUUAUUUAAAGUCACAAGGAGUAAUCUGGUGGAGGGUAUUGACGCCAAAUACAUCAGCAAAUGCCUCCACGAUCCAAAGGAAGCUCCACUGUGUCCAAUAUUCAGACUGGGAGACAUAGUUAAACAGUCUGGCUUUAAUUUUGAAACAAUAGCCCGAGAGGGAGGGGCCAUUGGCAUUGUGGUCGACUGGACAUGUAACUUUGAUGUGGAUGUAAAACACUGUAAACCGACGUACAACUUCCACGGUCUGUAUGGAAACCCAGCUGAGACAGACAAAGCCAGAGCAUCAGUGGGAUACAACUUCAGGUAUGCGAAGCAUUAUCUGGAGGACAAAGUUCAGAAAAGAACUCUUCUCAAAGUGUUUGGGAUUAGAAUCGAUAUCAUUGUGCAAUCACUGGCAAGAAAGUUUGACAUCAUCCCAACACUGACAGCUAUAGGCUCUGGAGUGGGCAUUUUUGGAGUGGCCACUGUAGUGUGUGACUUGGUGCUGCUGUAUUUGCUGCCAAAAAGAGAAUUUUACAAGAACAUGAAAUUCAAAUAUACAGAUACACAAGUACAGCCUGACAGCGAGUCGCUCGGUUUAGACACAAGUGUCUAUUACACCCUUGAAGCAAAUCCAAGACAAGUCCGAGGCACUGACCUGUCCAACGUGAGUGAUCCUGAUUCAGAGGCAGGUAGCAUAGAGACUGAAGUAUCUAAAAAGUGACCUGGGGACAAACUUUCAAGCCCAUGGCCCAUAGCCAUGCUGAUUUGAAGCUGUACUGCGCGGGAGCCCUGCAUUAGAUCCUGCAAGACAAGACAAGAAAACACACACACUGUAAAUGGGCUGAAAAGGGACCAGGCCUGGAAAGGACAGCGUCAAAUGACAUUGCUCUAUGUGCCCUCUAUUUCUUUUUUUGAUCUCCAGCAGCAUCUUCUACCACCAACGUCCUCCCACUCUUUAAAACCACCCCGAGUGACUGUGACUCUCGAUGGCGUAGCUCAGACGUAUGUGUACUCUUUUGGGUGUAGCUCGGUUUGCUUUUAGUUCGUGCACUCUGGGUGUAACCUCCACCUCUUAACUGUUUCCAUAUCUGUGCGGGUGAAAGAACAAUUUCUGGCCCUUGGGUGCUCUUGUGUGUACACAACUCAUCCGUAAGUCAUCCAUUACCUCUGUCACUGUCUUUGUCACAGCAAGAUAUACACACAUCACGUGUGGAUGUACCACUACUGUCGGAGUGAUUCAUCCCUUGUGUGCACCUUGUGAUCGACAACUGAGUUCAAUAAAAAAUGUACAGUGAUAUUCCUGCUUGUUCUUUUGUCUCACAGUGCGAGCAAAGAGGAACACAGACAAAAUAUCAAAAAGGAUUCAAAUUUUUUUAUUUUUUUUAUUGUCUGGUUAUGUGUAGGUGUACAAAAAGCAUGCAAAAAAUAGCUUCUUUAUAUAUAUUGGUACAUAUUUACAUUGUAACAACUGCAUUCCAUAGGGACGUGCCAUGCGUCUGUUUUUCAUAUGAGCGACUUAUGCAGGCGAGUGAGUACAUUCAGAGAAAUGCACAGGACGGCACGAGACUGACGUCCAGAAACACAGAGACAGCAGGCAUCUUCAACACACACGUCAGGACAGUCACAGAAGACACAGCAGCGGCUCCAGUCAUCCCUGACUUCGUAUUAUGUACAGACUCGCCUUCCCACAGUCCUCCACCCAUUUCCUCCUUUGGAUAUAAUAAUGACCUGAAAUCAUGAGAAAUUAGUCCUGUCACUCACUUCCUGUGCUGCAACUGGAAACCAUUAAUGUUUCUUCUGUGUUUCACUGCUGUAACUAAGCACAAAGCUGGAAAAGAUUUUGGAGUCUGCAACCUCUGCCAAAUCCACUAUGUUUAAUACACCUGUAUUCUGCAUUGAGAGCAAACAGAGAUGGAAAAUGAUGAGUUCUGGAGAGCAGCCAAAAUGUGUAAGUUUUAGGAUUCUCUACAAGGAUAACCUGUGCUGUUUCAAAACAAUCAUAUAUGUGACCACUAAUUUAUACCCAUUUAAAAUGAAUUAAUCAUGUGCUUGAAAUUUAGCAGGCUCAAUCAGCUGAUUGAAAGGGUGUGUGCAGAAGUCAACUGCAUCAAGUGUUCAAGAUGUAAACCUAUAAAAAACAAACAAAAAAAAAGUAAAACUUGUUCCAGGUUCAAUCAGAUAUGUUACUUUGAAAUUUAGUGAGGACUGGCAAAAAAAAAUUUAUGAAAUUCUUUUCUGGUUUUGUCUCUAGGUGGAAAUGGGCGUGGCCUAUACGGAUCUAUUGACAAAUGCUGGACUAAGUUCAGGAAUUACAAAUGAAAAAACAAAAAAUAAAUAAACAU